AUGUUACGCGAUUACAAACCGUUGGCGGGGUCCUCGCAGAGAAGAGGUUUCCCUAAGAGAAACGUCAUCGUCAUGGCGUUGUUCUUGGUUUUGUUAGCCAUUGGAACUUACCAACUACAAGGCAAGAGCAACCGAGAUGCCAAUGUUUCGAUCCGUGGCGGCCGCUGCAACAAGAUUGACCCUUUGGCGCCAUCAUUCGAUGCUUCUAUCGAAAAAAUCUUAGAAGAUUCGGACUUCAAAAGUGCUGCAAUUGAAAGGCUCAGCAAGGCCAUUCAAAUUCCAACGGAAAUUCAAGACGUCAAUCCAAUGCCCGCGGACAAUUUGGAGUACUAUGCCAAAUUUUUCGAAUUCCAUGCGUAUCUCGAAAAGUCGUUCCCCCUCGUUCACAAGCACCUAAGUGUCGAAAAGGUCAACGAGGUGGGACUCGUGUACUCGUGGGCCGGGAAGGAUGACUCCUUGAAACCCGUGUUGUUUAUGGCUCACCAGGACGUCGUACCAGUCAACAGGGCUACUGUAUCCCAGUGGGAUCAUCCUCCUUUUUCGGGCUACUACGACUCUGAAAGCGACACGCUUUGGGGCAGAGGAACUGCAGACUGCAAAAAUUUACUGAUUGCCGAGCUUGCAGCGGUAGAACUGUUGCUAGAAGACGGAUAUGAGCCUGUGAGAUCCGUUGUUCUUUCUUUUGGUUUCGACGAGGAGUCCUCCGGUGUUUUGGGCGCUAAAUAUCUCGGCAAGUUUCUACAUGAAAGAUACGGCGACGAUGGUUUGUACGCAAUUGUCGACGAAGGAGGUCCUGUCGUUGAGCUCGAGGAAAACGUAUAUAUUGCCACACCCAUCACUGGAGAAAAAGGUUACGUGGACUCGGAAAUAACCAUCCAUGGAGUAGGCGGCCAUUCUUCUGUUCCUCCUGAUCACACCACGAUAGGUGUCGCUGCAGCUUUGAUUUCAACAAUGGAAAGCAGACCAUUUGACUCCACAAUUGGCUCGGAAAAUCCGCUUUAUGGCCUUUUGACUUGUGCGGCUGAACACAGUAACAAGCUUCCCUCUGCGUUCAAAAGUGCUAUUUUGAACUCAAAGGAUGAUCCCAAGGAAAAGCAGAAGCUAGUCAACUUCAUUUCUCAAGAUGCAAGAUUUAAAGAUCUGAUUAAAACUUCUCAGGCGGCAGAUAUCAUAAAUGGGGGUGUUAAGGCCAAUGCCUUGCCAGAAGUGACUUCAUUCUUGGUGAACCAUAGAAUAGAGUUGCAAUCCUCUGUCAACGCAACGCUUGAAAGAGAUCUCGCGAUUGUCAAAGAAAUUGCUCACCACUACGGUUAUGGUGUCAAAUACGAAGAGCAGUUGUUAGCACCAGCCACUGAACUCGGUUACAUCGAAUUAAGGGGCUCCAGGAAACUAGAGCCUGCUCCAAUUUCCCCUACCCACGGACCUGUUUGGGACGUCUUUGCAGGAACUAUUCAAAAUGUUUUUGAAAAGGGUGUUUUCAUAGGUGACGAUGAAAAAGAACUAUACGUGACUACGGCCUUAUUCUCGGGUAAUACAGACACGAAAUACUAUUGGCCUUUGACAAAGAAUAUUUACAGAUUUUUUCCAAUGAUUGGACCUUCGUACCUAUUGAAGACCGUACACUCUGUCAAUGAGCACAUACCGGCUUCGGCUCAUCUUUCUGCGAUCGCGUUCAUCUACGAGUAUAUUGUCAACACGAGUGAAAACGUGUGA